CUGCGGUAGCAGGCGGGGCGAGCCGGGCGGGGCGGCGGCACCACCACCAUGUCGGAGGCGGCGGUGGCGGACACCCGGCGCCUCAACGCGAAGCCGCAGGACCUCACGGACGCGUACGGGCCGCCCAGCAACUUCCUCGAGAUCGACAUCUUCAACCCACAGACCGUGGGCAUGGGCCGCGCCAGAUACACCAGCUACGAGCUCCGCAUGCGGACAAACCUCCCCAUCUUCAAAUUGAAGGAGUCGUGUGUGAGGAGACGAUACAGCGACUUUGAGUGGCUGAAGAAUGAGCUGGAACGAGACAGUAAGAUUGUAGUGCCACCACUGCCUGGAAAAGCUUUGAAACGACAGCUUCCCUUCCGAGGAGAUGAAGGCAUCUUUGAGGAGUCUUUCAUUGAGGAGCGGAGACAGGGCCUAGAACAGUUUAUUAACAAAAUUGCUGGACACCCACUGGCACAGAACGAGCGCUGCUUACAUAUGUUCCUGCAAGAGGAGACUAUUGAUAGGAAUUACGUCCCAGGGAAAGUGCGCCAGUAGGAGCACCUGGCACUGUCUUCCUCCAUUCCACCCUCCCUCCUGCAAAAAUGACAUUUAUUUUUACACUAAAUCUGUCUUCUCUGAACCAGCUUUUCCUCUCUUGAACCUCCCAGUUUGUUCAGUAUUUUCCUCUUUUGUAACUGGCAGCAGUUUGUUCUACUGGGCUGUGGUCGUGGCCUAAAGAUGUGAAGAUUUAUGCAAUUGAGCGUGUUGUCCCACCUCUAGGGGCAGAUGUGGAUAGGUGUGGAGCAGGAACUUGCUAAUGGUAUUCUGGUGUAGGAGCUGCCUCUCUCCCUGUACAGGAAGAUAUGAGAUGACCUUCACUCCCUUGUCUGUGCAGCCCCAAGCAUCUCUGCAGGACACUUUGAAGAAUAGCAGUUGUCAUGUUGGUCAGUGAUUAUAUCAGGUAUUAGAGUUUUAGUAAGGUUUAUCCAAACCAGUGAGUAGGUGCCUGGCUGUGUCAGUCUGUCAUCCACCCCAUUCACCCUGCAUGAAACCCCCAUUCUUCACUGUCUGGAAGUGCUGAGACCCAACACCUACUCAAACCUCGCUAUCAGCCUCCUGCAUUACAGACCUAUUUGGUGUAUUUGUGCCCCCUCCUUUCUAAGGUGCUGCUGGCAGCUCAAGGGGUUUCCAUCCCACGUGCUCUCAUGAUGCUCUUUUUGGGCCAUUUGGCACGUGGAGGAUGGGAUAGUCUGGGCUGUAGCCACAUGUGCUGUGAUGCAUUGGUGCAGAGUUUAAGAAACACCACAGCCUGCUGUAGCAUGGGCUGCUGGGCUGGUGUUGCCUGCAGCACCCUGCUCGGCUGAGCCUAGUGACCCUAUCCUGGGCCCCAGCAGCCGGGAGGAGCAGACUGUCUGGCUGAGGAGGAGCAAGAGAGAGGUGGUAGGAGCAGCUGUAGGAUGAUGCAUCUGUGCUGGCUGCCACUGGAGGAGCCCAGCAGUGGGGCCCGGAGUGAGGCCGCCUCUCCAGAAAGGGACAGCAGAAAAUGGGCAGUCAGUCCUAGGUUAGACAUAGCUUAUGAAGCAGGAGAAGUGGCAGUGGCUCUGUGUGUUCUCCCCUGUUCUGCAGUGAGCUAGGCAGUCACUUGUGUGAAAGUGAGAACAUACGACUGGUCAGGGAAGUGUUCAGAGCUCCAGGGGACAAUGAGGCUGUGACCUGCUGCAGCAGAAGUGUCCUGUGGAGGCUCCCCCAGCUGCCGCAGCUGUGAUGAGUGAGGUUGGGCCUCAGCUUGGGGGCUCUGCAGGUCUAGGCUGGCUGGUUUAUAAGUGCUUGGUCACGUUGUUGUGGCACAGUUGAGCCUUUCUUGGAGCACCGGCCUACAGUGGAUGCCUUCCCGUUCCUGCCAGGCACAGUCCCCGAGGCCCUCCCUACUCUCCUCUGUUUUCUGGUGAGGAACUGGUACUGCUGGGCGAGAGGUGGCUCCUGGGGAGAAGUCGCUGAAAGCGCGAAGGAGCUGCUCCGGGGGCUGGCUCGGCCCAGAAGGGCCGUGGGGCAGCGCGGAGCCUGGUGCCGGUGGAGGCGGCCGCGGCCUCGGAGGGGCUCGGUCCCCGCUUCCCGCUGCCGCCAGUCGCGCUCGGGCGCGGCUCCUUCCCCUGCCCCGCGCGGGGCUGCCAUCCAUCCAGUUAUCUGCACCCUGUCCAGUGUAACGUCCCGGUGCCGUUCGCAUUAAACCACUGUGAAGCCAA